AUUGGAACGGAAGAUAAGUCAAUGACAAGUAAAUCAAAAACCAGGAAACCCGAAAUCAAACCAGCGGCAUCUUAUGGGGAAAGACCAGAAAAUCGAACAAGGAAGGGGAGAUUUCGGUGAGGUCUGAAAGCCUUGCUGGACGCUGACGCAGUCUCGUAAUCUUCAUCAGAAAAAAGCCAAGACUCUCUCCCUCGAGAAGGUUGAUUCAUCAGAGUCCGAAACCCGCAAAGAUAACGGUCAACUGUGUUUAUAAACGAUAUAUAUGAGGAGAAUCUCAUCGACACUGAACGCUACCAGUUGGACCGGCUCAAGAUCGCUCAAUAACUAAUAUUAACUGGAAAAGCAAGCUUAAACUGAAUUAUCACCAUGAAGGCACUUAUUCUAGUUGGAGGCUUUGGGACACGAUUAAGGCCAUUGACCCUCAGCAUGCCAAAGCCAUUGGUUGAUUUUGCUAACAAACCCAUGAUACUGCAUCAGAUUGAAGCCCUCAAAGCUGCAGGAGUAUCUGAAGUGAUUUUGGCCAUCAAUUACCAGCCAGAGGUUAUGUUGAACUUCUUGAAAGAAUUUGAGAAGAAGCUGGAAAUAAAAAUCACCUGCUCUCAGGAGACUGAACCACUUGGCACGGCAGGUCCUCUUGCUUUGGCUAGGGAUAAGUUGAUUGAUGAAUCUGGUGAACCCUUUUUUGUUCUCAACAGUGAUGUUAUUAGUGAAUACCCACUAACUGAAAUGAUCAAGUUUCACAAUUCUCAUGGAGGGGAAGCCUCCAUCAUGGUGACCAAGGUGGAUGAGCCAUCAAAAUAUGGUGUAGUGGUCAUAGAAGAAGCAACAAGGAAAGUUGAAAAAUUUGUUGAGAAACCAAAAAUUUUUGUAGGGAACAAAAUUAAUGCUGGAAUCUACCUUUUAAACCCAUCUGUUCUUGACCGGAUCCAGUUGAGGCCUACUUCAAUUGAGAAAGAGGUCUUCCCCGAGAUUGCAGCAGAGAAUAAGCUUUAUGCUAUGGUGCUCCCUGGGUUCUGGAUGGACAUAGGACAACCAAAGGAUUACAUAACUGGGUUGAGACUGUACCUAGAUUCUUUGAGAAAGACAUCGUCGUCAAAACUGGCCACUGGAUCUCACAUUGUUGGAAAUGUUUUGGUGGAUGAGAGUGCCGUUAUUGAAGAUGGAUGUCUUAUCGGGCCUGAUGUGGCCAUUGGUCCAGGAUGCACAAUCGAGUCAGGGGUUAGGCUGUCACGGUGCACAGUCAUGCGGGGAGUCCGAAUUAAGAAGCAUGCUUGCAUUUCCAGUAGCAUCAUCGGUUGGCAUUCCACAGUAGGAAGGUGGGCAAGAGUUGAGAAUAUGACAAUACUGGGAGAAGAUGUGCAUGUGGGUGAUGAAGUCUACAGCAAUGGGGGUGUUGUCCUCCCCCAUAAGGAGAUAAAAUCUAGCAUUUUGAAGCCAGAGAUUGUAAUGUGAUACUGUUACAAUACUCUUCCCUGAUUAUUUGUUCUUUAUCUGGUGGAUAUUUGAUGUGAUAAAUAUGAAAGACAAUUUGAAAAAAAAAAAAAUUAGAAAGGAAAUGAACAUUUAGGAAGAGAAAGAGAGGUGAUAUGCCAUCUGUUAACUUAUUAAUGCUUCGGCUUGUGUCUUCCUUUUUCUAGAGUUAGGCCUUCGUAAUUGCUUUUCUCUACGUUAAUUGUACACGCUGUAUUGCUGAUAUUGCGUGCCUGUUCUCUUGGUUUUGCAGCCAUUGAUGAGCUAAACAAACUUAACUGAGACUCAUUUUAA